AUGAUAGGUCAGAGGAGUAUUUAUAUGUGGAAGGCUUACUUAUCCAGAGACCAAAUAUCGCAAGUUGAGAGCCUUGACGGUGUCAAAUCCGUGCAGCCCAACCUCCACAAUCUGAACCGUAGAUAUGUGGCAGGCCGGUACUACAUCGAUCCUCUUGAGCGCGAAAAUCAAGAGCAAUGUGCUGAGACAGGCGCCUCUCUCGCGAGAUUGCUUGGAGAACAUAAUUGUGAUCCAUACAAUAGCGUUUCAGAUGGCAAAUUAAGCAAAUGGACAGCCGAUUUGUCCAACGAACAAGUAGCACAAGUUAAAGCUAUCCAUGGAGUGAAAGGCGUCCGGCCUGUUCCGAGGGGCAGGAGAUGUCGCCUUGGUAUAAAAUCCACACACAGCCUAGAAUCUCAAGCACAGCAAGAGAUUCUAUAUGAAACACAAUCCGGGGCUCCUACGGAGUUGGUAUCUAUCAGUCAGCCAAGUACAAUACCACAAUUGCGGGACCUCAAGAACUAUGUGCAUGAAAGCCACUGUGGCGGGCAGAGUUUUCUGUAUUAUGUUGAAACCGGCGUAGCCUUUAAGGCACAGCGAGAGGAAUUUCGGAAUGUUGCUUCACAGCAUCUUCUGACUGACAUGGCUAUGGAAAAUGGAGACAAACCUUGGUUUGAGGACGAUGAUGAAGGCGAGGACGACGAAGACAUGCAUUCACAUGGUACAUGUGGCGCCGGCAAAGCCCUUGGAACGCGUUUUGGUGUUUCUAAAAAAGCCACACUCAUCGUUGUUAGAAUGCACGAAGUCACGUCUGAAGAAUUCCAAGCAGCGCUGGAGCUUAUCUUGGCGGACUUGGAAGACCACCCCGAGCGUCAGAAGAAGAGCGUUGUUACGAUGUCUUUGACGUUGGGCCAAGACUGGGAGGAGGAUGAUAAUUUGCCAGACUUCACAGAGCUUUUCCAAAAGCUAUUCGCCAUGGAUGUUCCGCUUGUUUGUAUAUCAGGGAACACCGAGGAAGGUUUUGAAGAACCUGAGGUAGAUGAAUAUCCCCCAUUGAUGGAAGGGCCUGACUUGCCAUUGAUCGUGGUGGGCUCAGUGGAUUCUACGGGGAAUCGGUCCGAGUUUUCAAAAGGUGGCCCUCAUGUAACUCUACAUGCAGUUGGUGAUCCCAUCGAAUGCUUGCCAAGAGAUAGCAAGGACCCAGUUGAACGAGCAGAAACAUCAUAUGCCGCGCCACAAGUCGCCGGCGAGAUCGCCAAUCUUCUCUCGUACGAAAAAGUCCCGUUUGAUACUAGCGACGGGAACCUCGUGAAGAAUCUUAAAGCCUUCCUUCAGUCGGAUGCAGCCAGUUGGGAGCGUUACCCCAGCAUUCGCGUUCUUUGGAAUGGCGUGUAG